CUCAGCGACUGCCCGGCAGGACCCCAUGAAGGACCAGAAAGGAAACAAGAGGACUCCAUUUACCUUUAACUUCAGCCCAGACAGGCACGGCUAUUCCCUGGAAGAGAGGCUGUGCCACAGAAUGCCUGGGUCUACUUCUAAGAUGCCUAGAAGCUUUGCUCAAGCCACUGAGAGCCUGCAAGAUCCUGAUGGAGAGUUUAAUGUGAUGAGAGACAUUGUGAGGCCUUGUAGGGAAGGCGUGGUGGGGAUGUAACCUCAUCAUUGUGACCGUCAAGUGGCUGGGAUCCAGACGGUGUUCCACAUACUUUAGGAAGGUCUGCCACACAAGAGACUGCUGAGCUCUGAUGUGAGUCAGGAUGGGGUUGUCUUCACAAGGGUCCAUCUGCCUGCAGUGUACAUUGUGAUUCACCCAGUUCCCUCCAACCACAGAGCUCUGCCACUCUCUGCCUGACUCUAGACCCCCCCAGCCACCUCCAGAAACAAUUUGGCUGCUUGCUGUCCUUCCCUAUGAAGCUGCCUGCCCUUCAGGGGACUCCUCAGUGCAUCAAAAAGGUACUGUAGUGAGUAGCUGUUCCAGCUUUGCCCUGGAAGUACUACCCCUAUUGAGGCUACUGUCAUGCCUAUGAGGCGGGGCCAAGAUGGGACCCCUUCAGACCCGAGAUCCGGAUGUGCCGGCUCUCUUGGUUCCUGGAUCCUGGAUGCUGGAGGUAGGAUCAAGCAGAGUUCUCCAGAGAACACCACUGGACUGCGCUUCACCUUUCCCGGACCCUGUAACCAAUCCCUUUACUUAGAAGCAGUCAUGCCUUACCUGCACCAGUCUCUGAGACCCCAGCCACACCCAGUCCCCAAGGAUGCCCGGACUAUCCACUCCUCGGGUCAAAGCUUUGAGCAGCUGAGGCAGUGCUGUCUGCAGUCCAGCACCUUGUUUGAGGAUGCUGACUUCCCUGCCAGCAACGGCUCCCUGUUCUACAGUGAGAGGCCCCAGGUCCCCUUUGUGUGGAAACGGCCAGGGGAAAUUGUGGAAAACCCAGAAUUCAUUCUUGGAGGAGCCACCAGAACUGACAUCUGCCAAGGGGAGCUGGGAGACUGCUGGCUCCUGGCGGCCAUUGCCUCCCUGACCCUCAAUCAGAAAGCACUGGCCAGGGUGGUUCCCCAGGACCAAGGCUUUGGCUCUGGCUAUGCCGGGAUAUUCCACUUCCAGUUUUGGCAGCACAGUGAGUGGCUGGAUGUCGUGAUCGAUGACCGCCUGCCCACCUUCCGGGACCACCUGGUCUUCCUCCACUCUGCUGACCACAAUGAGUUCUGGAGCGCACUGCUGGAGAAAGCUUAUGCCAAGCUUAAUGGUAGUUGGUAUGAGGCACUGAAGGGGGGCAGCACCGUGGAGGCCAUGGAAGACUUCACUGGGGGUGUGGCUGAGACCUUCCAAAUCCGAGAAGCACCAGAGGACUUCUAUGAUAUUCUGGAGAAGGCCUUGAAGCGUGGUUCCUUGCUGGGCUGCUCCAUAGAUAUCCUGAAUGCCUCCGAAACUGAAGCCCGCACUCCUUUUGGUCUCAUUAAGGGCCAUGCCUACACUGUGACUGGACUCGACCAGGUAAACUUCCAAGGCCGGAGAAUCAAGCUCAUCAGAGUCCGAAACCCUUGGGGCCAGGUGGAGUGGAAUGGACGGUGGAGCGACAGCUCUCUCGAGUGGCGCUCUGUGAGCCUGGAGGAGCAGAAGCGUCUGGGACACUCUGCUCUUGAUGAUGGGGAGUUCUGGAUGGCGUUCGAAGACUUCAAGGCCCAUUUUGACAAAGUGGAGAUCUGCAACCUCACACCGGAUGCCUUGGAGGACAAUGCCCUCCACAAGUGGGAGGUGACUGUCCACCAAGGAAGCUGGGUUCGUGGCUCCACAGCUGGUGGCUGCCGCAACUUCCUGGACACCUUCUGGACCAACCCACAGAUAAAGCUGUCCCUGACUGAGAAGGACGAGGGCCAGGAUGGCUGCACUUUCCUAGCAGCCUUGAUGCAGAAAGACCGCAGGAAGCUGAAGAGGUUUGGCGCCAACAUGCUGACCAUUGGCUAUGCCAUUUACCAGUGCCCAGACAAGGACCAGGACAAGGAUGGACACCUGAGUAGGGACUUUUUCAGGUACCAUGCCUCCCUAGCACGAAGCAAGACAUUCAUCAACUUGAGAGAAGUCUCAGGCCGCUUCCAGCUGCCCCCGGGAGACUAUAUCCUCAUCCCCAGCACCUUUGAGCCGCACCAGGAGGCUGACUUCUGCCUGAGAAUCUUCUCUGAGAAGAGAGCAGUUACUCGGGACCUGGAUGAGAACAUAGACAUUGAUCUUCCCGAGCCCCCAAAGCCAGCUCCACAGGAGGAGGAAACGGAGGAGGAGCAGCAGUUCCGGGCCCUGUUCCAGCGAAUCGCUGGUGAGGACAUGGCGGUGUCAGCUGAGGAGCUUGAGUACAUUUUAAAUGAUGUUCUGCAAAAGAAAACAGCCCUCAAGUUCAAGAAGCUGAGCCUGCUGUCCUGCAGAAACAUCAUCUCUCUGAUGGACACCAGUGGCAAUGGAACACUGGAGUUUGAAGAGUUCCGGGUAUUCUGGGACAAGCUAAAGCACUGGAUGAACCUGUUUCUCCAGUUCGAUGUGGACAAGUCUGGUACCAUGUCUUCCUAUGAGCUGCGGACCGCACUGAAAGCCGCAGGCUUUCAGCUGAGUGGCCAUCUCCUGCAGCUGAUCAUCCUCAGGUAUGCAGAUGAGAGCCUCCAGCUGGACUUUGAUGACUACCUCAACUGCCUGGUGCGGCUGGAGAAUGCAAGCCGGGUGUUCCAGUCUCUCAGUGUGAAGAACAAGGACAUCAUCCAUCUCAAUGUAAAUGAGUUUAUCACCUUGACCAUGAACAUCUGAGGCUGCACUGACGAGAUGCCGACUGCUCCUCUGAUACUUGGCUUCUGGACCAUGAACCCCAGAACUUUUACUGGAGUGCCAUCCUGACCACUGCUCUCUCCCUGCCUCAUACCACCCUUCCCCUCCUCCCCCCUCUCCUCUGUAAUCUAGAGGAAUCUAAAAGAAUUGGCUGCAUUCUCUGACUCCGUGA